AUGUCAUUCAAGACAUACCAUGCUUUCUCUGUCACGGCGGCGAGGAAGGAAGAAAAGGAGGAAUUGCCAGUUCAUGGGCUAAUGGAUUCGGACACUAAUAUAAUUAGAUCUGCUCUUCAUAGACAAACUUGGGAUUUGCGAUCCCAAGUAAGAUCGGUUCAGGAUCAUGGGAUCCUUUUCUAUCAGAUGGGAAGGGCUGUUGCACAAAAUGUACUUCUAAGUAAUUGCUCCAUAGAUCCUAUAUCUAUCUAUAUGAAGAAGAAAUCAUGUAACGAAGGGGAUUCUUAUUUGUACAAAUGGUACUUCGAACUUGGAACGAGCAUGAAGAAAUUAACGAUACUUCUUUAUCUUUUGAGUUGUUUUGCCGGAUCGGUCGCUCAAGACCUUUGGUCUCUACCCCAACCCGAUGAAAAAAAUGGGAUCACUUCUUAUGGACUCGUUGAGAAUGAUUCUGAUCUAGUUCAUGGCCUAUUAGAAGUAGAAGGCGCUCCGGUGGGAUCCUCACGGACAGAAAAAGAUUGCAGUCAGUUUGAUAAUGAUCGAGUGACAUUGCUUCUUCGGCCCAAACCAAGGAAUCCCUUAGAUAUGAUGCAAAAUGGAUCUUGUUCUAUCGUUGAUCAGAGAUUUCUCUAUGAACAAUACGAAUCGGAGUUUGAAGAAGGGGAAGGAGUCCUCGACCCGCAACGGAUAGAGGAGGAUUUAUUCAAUCACAUAGUUUGGGCUCCUAGAAUAUGGCGCCCUUGGGGCUUUCUAUUUGAUUGUAUCGAAAGGCCCAAUGAAUUGGGAUUUCCCUAUUGGGUCAGGUCAUUUCGGGGCAAGCGGAUCAUUUAUGAUGAAGAGGAUGGGCUUCAAGAGAAUGAUUCGGAGUUCUUGCAGAGUGAAACCAUGCAGUACCAGACACAAGAUAGAUCUUCCAAAGAACAAGGCUUUUUUCGAAAUAAGCCAAUUCAUUUGGGACCCUGCGGAUCCACUCUUUUUCCUAUUCAAAGAUCAGCCUUUUAUCUCUGUGUUUUCACAUCGAGAAUUCUUUGCAGAUGA